AUGCCAACAUUUGUUGAACCUGUAAUGGCGAAUGUCACCGCAAUUAAAGGUCAAGAUGUGGAAUUCAGGUGUCAAGUAUCCAAACUUGGCAAACAUAUGGUAGCAUUUGCUCGAGCAGAUACGCCACCGAGGUUAAUUGCUUUUGAUGAAAAGGUAUUCCGGCAACGAUACAAAUAUGAAAUUAGACGAACAAUGAACGAUAAUGAAUGGAUUUUAGUCGUUAAAAAUAUCCAAGAAAAUGAUAUAGGUGGUUACUCGUGUCAACUAAACACCGAUCCAAUACUUUCAAAAACUGGUUACCUUCAUGUUAAAGUUCCACCGUACGUGGCUCGAACAACAGCAGCAGUUGUAGAGGUACGUGAAGGACAAAAUGUUACUUUGUCAUGUCGAGCAUUUGGUGAUCCACCACCGACUGUCGUAUGGAGGAGACAAGAUCGACAGAUUAUCCGAUUUAAUGGUGUUACUGGCUAUGGAGCAACUGUAUUCAAUGGUUCUGAUAUGACAAUUAUUAAAGUAAGCCGUAAACAUAUGAGCGAAUAUAUUUGUGUCGCAAGUAAUGGUGUACCACCAGAUGAGUCCUGGACUGUGAAACUUCAUGUUACAUGUAAGUUAUCAUAUCAUUAA